AUGUUCGGGAUCCAGGAGCAGCUGAUAAGAGAAGUAAGCGGAUUAAAAGAGAGAAGUCUUGGAGAGGAGAUGGAUCCAGUCCGGUCGUGGGUGCGCAAUGUCGGGGUUGUGGAUGCGAACGUCGCAGCGCAAAGUGGAGUUGCUCUGUCAAGAGCUCAUUUUGAGAAGCAGCCGCCUUCAAAUCUCAGAAAAUCCAACUUCUUCCACUUUGUUCUGGCGCUCUAUGACAGACACGGCCAACCUGUGGAGGUGGAGAGGACAGCUUUUGUGGACUUUGUUGAACAUGAAAAGGAGCAGACGGGAGAAAAGACCAACAACGGCACUCACUACAAGCUGCAGCUUCUCUACAGUAACGGGGUUCGUACCGAGCAAGAUCUGUAUGCACGACUUAUUGACUCCGUCACCAAACAGCCCAUAUCAUAUGAGGGACAAAACAAGAAUCCAGAAAUGUGCAGAGUUCUGCUCACACACGAGGUUAUGUGCAGUCGCUGCUGUGAGAAGAAAAGCUGCGGCAAUCGAAAUGAGACGCCCUCUGAUCCGGUCAUUAUUGAC